AUGUCGUCUCACGAUCAGAAUCACAUUCCAUUUGAAGGCCCACGUAGACGCGGGCGCGGUCGUGGUGCAGUGCUUGAGCACCGCGCCGCUAGCACCGGCGGCCUCGAUGUCAACGCCCACCUCAACACUGAUGAGAAUGACGGCCUUGACCUCGGCCUCGAAGAUGUCAAUCUCACACCGCACCCUAAGAAGAGGCGAUAUGCAACAGGCACCGCGAUAGCAACUUCCGACGACGCCGCCUCUGAUCACUCGUCGCGCUCCUCCCUCAGCCUCCCGCCGUCGUUGUCCGGCGCCGACAGUCCAAUAAAAGGCUCCCGAUCCAGCAGCCCUAUAAAGCACCUCUUGCGCGUCGCCAUGCGCAAAGACGAGCCCAUCCAUGUACGCGAAUACAACCCCGGCCAGUCCGUCAGCGACGAGUUCCCUCAUGCGCUUGCUGACAUGUGGGCAACGUUGCGGAAGUGCUCGCGUCGGGCAGUCAUACCUAGUACGCUCGAGGGCGACAUUCGCCGGCACUUUCCGUCUGAUGCAGACUUGCUGGACGCUCGGGACUUCCUCGACGCCCCGUCCAAGCUGACCAUGGAGCACUUGAACGACUUGCUACGCGGCGCACAUAAGUCGUUCAUGAAGACCGAGCCGCACUGGAAUUGCGCGUCGCACUUUCCUGCGCUGGACCGUGCCGUCCAGACGGCGAAGAUUGUCAACUGUGACGACGUCAGUAUCGAGAACAUCACCCUCGCCGACAUCCUCCCCCAAUACAACCUCCGCGACGAAACCAUGGCUCCUUACAACCCCUCCUCCGCCAUCUCCCUCCCCUCCGCCGCCACAACCACCACACCUUCGUCCCGCGUCGACCUCGCCCUCACCAUCGGCCUCACCGCCGCCGAAAACGAGAUCCUCUCCAACCACAACAUCACCCAUAUCAACCACACCGCCUUUGACUCCCUUACCCGCAGCCCCAUCGCCGUCUCCGUCGAGGCCAAGCGAUCGGGCGAAGGAAAAGACAAGUCGCAAUACCAGCUCGCCGUGUGGGUAAGUGCGCAGUUCCGGCGGCUGGAGGAGCUGUUUGGACGCGAAAAGGUGCAGCAGCUGGCAUGGCUGCCGCUACUGCGUGUGCAGGGCGAGCACUGGCACUUUCUUGCCGCUGUGCGCGUGGGGAGGAGCGGCCCUAGUGGAGGCAUGCAGACCGUGAUCUGGAGUGAGAUUAGUCUCGGCAGCAUGAGGGAGGUGCUGGGCGUGUUCCACGUGCUGGCCGCGCUGCAUGUGCUGGUUGAAUGGGCGGAUACAACGUUUAGACAGUGGUUUGCGGGUUGCAUUCAGGCGUUGGGCGUGGGUGACUUGGAGCAGCAAACGGGAGGGUAG